AUGGUGAGUUUCACCCGAAAGUCACAGAGAAGAGGCCCUCGUGGCUGGUUAGCAGGUCAGAUGGGGUCCCUGUCUGUCCCCAGGGAGCUGCCCCGUCGCUCUCUCCAGGGAGACUCAGCACUUGUUGCCUGUGUUUCUCGAAGCAGAAGUCCCUAUAGCAGGAUGGAACAGGGGUUCCUGGAGCUGACAGCGGAUGGGAACAAACCUGGAGGAGGCUCUGCGGGUGGGAGUGAGGGUCGGGGGGGCAGGGCUGGGGGGCUGGAUCCGGCUGGCCCUGGGCUCCUCCCCUGCCCUCCCAGCUCCGAGUCUCUGUAA